CUUGAUCUUUUUGAGACCAGUAGAGGUUGGAGCUCUUCAGUUUAUCUGCGAUGGCCAAGGUCCACGAUUCGGAUUUCGUCUCUGGGUAAUCCUGCAAUGGCGUACAUUUGAAGCUGGGGAGUUCGUUGGGUGACGAAAUUGUUGAAUGUAAAGUAAAGCAAGAAACAAUCGUUUCGGUGGCUGAAGGUGAUGUAGAAAAUCCUGGAAAUAAGUUGGAUUCUGUCUCUGAAGGAUCCAGUUUUAAAGAAAAGGAACAAAUGGUUGUCUCUCUGGUCGAAAAGAAGCAAGAAGUUGAGGAAGAAAGGUCGGUUUCCAUGUUUAAACACUCGUUCUGUUUCUCAGGGAACAUUACUGAUAACCCUGUGUACAUCGAGAAAGAAGUGUUGUUCUUUUCUAAAGUUCACGAAUCCGACAAGAGCGAUCACAUCAUGAAACAGUCUGAAGAAGGGACGGACUCUAUCUUUGAAGAUGGAAAGAAAAUGUUUGGUGAUUCGAUCGCUGAAUCUCAAAAACCCGUUGAGAUGAUUAGUAGUACAGGUAAAUGUGGGAAGUGCUCGGACAAUUUCUUGGGAAUGGAAGAAACGCGCCCUCUGAUAGAAUCUGAGUUGGGUUCAAUUCUUGAAGCACAAAGAACUGGUCUAGAGGAUAUUGGUUCUAAGAGUCCUGGAGAAAGCAUGGAGCAGACCGAUCAAAAACAUGGGUCGCUGGAAUUUAAAGCAGGAAAUGCUGACAACAGUUUAAACAAUCUGUAUGGAUGUACAAAAUGCGCUUCAGAGGUCGAAGACAUGCAGGGAAUGGUGGGAAGUGAUAGUGAUAAGAUGAAAGGUUUCAAUGGGAUCGUAAAUCUUGUUGAGAAUUCUUUGCAGAAUGCAGUAGAAUAUGAAAUUCCUGUUAUGGUCGGAGCUUCAAUCGGUGGAUGUGGACAGGUGAAUGUGAAGAAAGAUGGAAAGGAAGGAAAGAGGGACAAGUUCCCCCAGAGAUGGGCCAAACGCACGAAUAAGGUUUCUGAUGCAAAUGGGAAGCAAAAUAUGCUUAGCCUUGUGAGUGAAGCCCAAAAUGUUUGUCUAAAGAGGGGUGAUGGAUCAAAGAUCAGUUACUCAAGGAAGGAGCUGGAAGAGCUGAGGUUUGUUAAUGUUGAAGCACAGCGAAUUAUGUGGAAUGAAGUUUGCCAUGGGCUGGGGUCUUUUGUUGCUCAGGAGCUUAAGGGCAUGGCGGACUCUCAACGUCAGAAACAAGGAAAUAGAAAUGUUGAGCAUCACCAAGGCAUUGUGAAGAGGAAAGAGAAUUUUGCAGUUUUCAGUGUGAUGGCUGCAAAGGGAAGAGGGAACCACUGUCUGCAAGUCUAUUCUAAUUUGAAGAAUGGUUAAAAGCAAUUUA